AUGCACUUCUUAGCAUCCACAACAGUGUCAAUGUUUGUUGACAGUAUAUGGACUGGAUCCCCAGGCAGGAUAAAUGUGCUUAUUUUGAUAGUAGUCUUCUUCCUCCUCAACGUGCCACUUCUCAUGGCCAAUUUCAUUGAUACCAGGUGCUUUUGGAGAAUAAAUAUGAAUGAUUUCAUCAACAAUUUGGGGACAAGUUGUUCCUUCAACCUUGAAGCAGUGCAGUUGCCUAUGGAGAAAGAAUAUUUCAACCAAACUGAAUGUUCUAUAAGUGCAUUUAUAUUUUCCAUGACUGAGAUGGCCAAUGUGAUGUCCAAGAAGAUCCUAGAAGAAAUCUCCCCGAGGUUUGAGAUACCCAAGGUAAUCGGGUCUGAUAAUGGACCUGCCCUUAUUGCCCAGGUAAAUUCAUUUCUGAGAAAGAUCCACUUCACUAAUCCUCUUGGGGACAAACUGAUUAUGAAACAAAAAGUAAUACUGUAGGAAGAUUAUGACAUUUUCUACUUUGGAACUAUCUCACAACACCUUGGGAUUAAGGUGAAGUUAGGAAAGUUCAACCCAUAUUUUCCACAUGGACAGCACUUUCACUUAUAUGGAGACAUGAUUGAAUUGGCCACAGGAAGUAGAAAGAUGCCAUCCUCUUUGUGUAGUGCAGAUUGUAGUCCUAGAUUCAGAAGAUUCUGGAAGGAGGUAAUGGCAGCCGGCUGUUUUGUUUGCAGCCCUUGCCCUGAAAAUGAAAUUUCUAAUGAGACAACUGCGGUACUUUGUGUCUUUGUGAAGCACCAUGACACUCCUANUGUGAAGGCCAAUAACAGAAUCCUCAGCUACAUUUUAUUGCUCUCACUCAUGUUCUGUUUUCUCUGCUCCUUUUUCUUCAUUGGCCAUCCUAACAGAGUCACCCAUGUCUUACAGUAAAUCACAUUUGAAAUUGUAUUCACUGAGGCUGUUUCCACAGUUCUGGCCAAAACAAUCACCGAGGUUCUGGCUUUCAAAAUCACAGACCCAGGAAGAAGGUUGAGAAACUUCCUGGUAUCAUGGACACCCAACUAUAUUAUUCCCAUAUGUUCCCUAUUCCAAUGUAUUCUGUGUGCAAUCUGGCUAGGAGUUUCUCCUCCCUUUGUUGAUACUGAUCAACAGUCCCAGCAUGGGCACAUCAUCAUUGUGUGCAACAAAGGCUCAGUUACUGCAUUGUACAGUAUCCUUGGAUAUUUGGCUUGUCUAGCACUUGGAAGCUUCACUGUGGCUUUCUUAGCCAAAAAUCUGCCUGACAUAUUCAAUGAAGCCAAGUUCUUAACCUUCAGCAUGUUUGUGUUCUGUUGUGUCUGGAUCACCUUCCUCCUCAUUUACCAUAGCAACAAGCACAAGAUAUUGGUUGCUGUGGAGUUCUUCUCCAUCUUGACAUCUAGUGCAGGGAUGCUUGGAUGCAUCUUUGCACCCAAGAUCUACAUCAUUUUACUUACACCAGAGCGAAAUUCUAUCCAAAUGAUCGGGGAAAAAUCUUAUUUCUGA